AUGAUUUUAUUAAUUCUGCAUCACCUCCGUGUCUCGUUGCUAAGCAUGGUGGCCCCAUCAGAACACAAAUGGCGCUACCAAUUGCUCGAUGAGACAUACAAAGGGCGAGGCUACUAUUCCCGUGCCAAGAAGCCAUGGAUCCUCACACUGUCCACGGCUCUGGUGUUGACGGUGGUCAUGUUGUACAUUUCUCCCUCGCCUGUGAUGCCGUACUCGCACACAGCGACAUAUGAUAAAACAUCCUCUGAUCACCCAGUUUUACAACUCACACGAAAUGCCCAGAGCGCGUUCAACGAAACCCUCAAUCGGCAAUCUAAGACACUUCGUCAGGCGGUGCGGGAAUAUAAGCGUCGCUACAAGAUGCCGCCGCCUCCUGGCUUUGAUCAUUGGUACAAGUUCGCAACGGAAAGAGAAACUGUCUUGAUCGACGAGUUUGAUGUCAUCUACCAUGCGCUACUCCCUUUUUGGGGCCUGGAACCCAGUGUCUUUCGCACGCGAACCCGAGAAGACUUGGGGAACAGUGAUAAUGGCUUCAUGAGUAUCUCCAUACGAAAUGGGCGACCCUUUUGCGCGAGUUCCACACAGCUAUAUCAGCGUGUUGGGACCAUGAGCAUUCUUAAAUCUUUUGCCAAGUGGCUGCCUGAUAUGGACUUGGCAUUCAAUGAGCAUGAUGAGCCGCGCGUUGUCGUCCCACAUGAGGAGUUGAGCCAGAGAGUUACCCUUGGCAGAGAAGCUCACGCUCGUCUAUCCCGAGUCUUUAGCCCGGGCGAUAACUACACCGUUUCAUAUCCCUUUCUUGACGAGCCGCCGCCAGUGUCAGAAACUCGAUACAGAUCUCUGCAGUUUCAGAAUAAUUGGGCUUCAUCCACUUUAUCUUGUCCCCAAGAUUCGCCUUCACGUCACCUCAAUGGGAAUGCAGUAGAUGACACUGCUUCGUACGCAACCGAGCCACUUGGAUUUAUCUUUAAUCAAACGGCUUUCAGUGACGUUUGCAGGAGUCCUUCGUUGCAGUAUCGUCUAGGCUUCUUUGAGAGCCCUCACACGCUCAAGCUUACAAAUGACCUGACGCCUGUGUUUUCAACAUCAAAGCCCUCUUCAUUCCAAGAUAUUCCAGUGCCAUCACCCUGGUAUUUUGAGAAAAUGGCUGCUUUUGAUGAAUCGACUGACUUUGAAUGGGAUGAUAAAACACACCAGCUGUACUGGAGAGGUGGGAACACUGGAGGCCACACCAAUGAGGACACAUGGCGAAACACUUUGCGUCAACGGGUCAUCGGGAAUCUGACACGCCCAAAUUCAGCACAAUAUGUUCUUCAACAGAUAAAUGAGUCAACGGCCCAGGAUCGUGGUUUCAAAGCUCCCCAAAGUGCCUGGCAGACUAGGGCAACUCGAACGGGCGAGUAUGAUGAAUUUUUCGAUCUUAAGUUCACGACCAUAAGCCAUUGUGAAAACAACUGCGAUUCACAGAUUCAAUUCUUUGGCGGCGAAGCUGAAGUCGAGGAACCAAGUAAGGCAUGGAAUUAUCGCUAUCUGCUUGACAUGGAUGGCUGGGCCUACAGCGGGAGGUUUUACUCUUUCAUGAACAGCAAAAGUUUACCUUUCAAACUUUCUAUCUUUCGUGAAUGGCACCAAGACAUAUUAAUUCCUUGGGUGCAUUAUGUCCCUCUGAAUAAGGAUGCCGAAGAAAUACUCGAGCUGAUUCGAUACUUUGAAGAAGAUCCCACGGGAGGUGCCAUAGCACAAAAUAUCGCAGCCGAGGGGAGAAGCUGGGCGAAAACGUCUCUCAGAGAAUCAGACAUGGAGGUCUACAUGUUCCGUCUUCUCUUGGAAUAUGCGCGGCUUCAAGAUGAUGACCGAGAGACACUGGCAUAUUCGAGCUGA